UUUACACCAUCGAAGAAUGACACGAGAUGAGAAGGGUGGACAAUGUAAACAACGCUGUAUAUUAGCUCUUUGUACACGUAUAUAAACCUCCUAUGAGAGUGCACGGAACAUCCAAAGAGUUACCUCUCUUAUCCAACCUUCUUUUCAAUCGCCAAACAUCUGUGACAAUGCAGCUCGCGCUGGUGAUGACACUUUGCUUCGGACUGGUCGUCUCGGACACUGAAAUCAUUGCUAUUCCCGAAGAUGGGGACAUCUCUAAGGCUUUCCUUGAUGCUCACAAUAUCGCACGUGCUAACGUCAAUGUACCAGACUUGGAAUGGAGUAACGAGCUGAGUGCAUACGCCGAGAACUAUGCCAAGAACUGCGUUUAUGGGCACAGUUAUGGACCUUACGGUGAAAACCUGUUCGCAGGAUAUCCCAAACAAACUGACAAAGUAACGCUCGCCACCAACGCCGUGAAUUCCUGGGUGAAAGAGAUACAAAAUGUGGACCUGCCCACCUGGAAUUGCUUUACACGAUUCGACAAAACGACGUGUGGACACUACUCCCAGGUUGUGUGGAAAGACACCCAAAAGGUUGGCUGCGCCAUCAUUCACUGUAAGACAGAAACAAGGAAUAUCCUCAACAACUACGUCAUUUGUGAGUACGAACCCAGUGGCAACUUCAUUGGCGAAAAACCUUACUGAUCGAUUCCUCACAGAUACAACUUGAUGAUCAAUAACAUUGGUUAAAUUAAAUUAAAUAAAUCAGUAUCCCGAUCAAAAAUAUGUCUUAUAUCAUGUUAUAUGUAUAUAUAUUUAUUAUUUGUUUUAUUACAAAAUAUAGACCUACUUUAAUUCUUCUGCAAGUAGGAAUAUAUA